AGUCGUUGGUCAUAAACUCGGUCUAAAAACAGAUUCAACACCCAGUCCCACGAUUCAAUUCAUAUCAGAGCCGGAGUCACCAACCCAGAAAUCUGUCAGAUGGCCGAUCUAAUCUUCAAAUCUCUGGUUGCCCUUGCGCUCUUUGCUUCCUCAUUGCUAUGCUCAUCACUUGCUGGUGCUAGCUCAGAUGUCCCUUUCAUUCUGGCUCACAAGAAGGCCACCCUUAACAGGCUCAAGUCUGGAGCUGAACGCGUCGCCGUCACCAUCGAAAUCUACAACCAAGGAACUUCGACGGCGUAUGAUGUAAGUCUAACGGAUGAUAGCUGGCCAAAUGAUGCUUUUAAUGUAGUCAGUGGUAGCAUGUCGAAGACAUGGGAAAGGCUUGAUGCUGGUGGUAUUCUGUCUCACACAUUCGAAUUGGAGGCCACACAAAAGGGAGUCUAUUCUGGUGAACCAGCGGUUAUUAAGUUCCGCGUACCCACAAAAGCUGCUUUGCAGGAGGCGUAUUCAACUCCUAUUCUUCCUUUGGAUGUUCUUGCUGACAGACCUCCCGAGAAGAAGCUGGAUUGGGUUAAGAAAUUGCUUGCAAAGUAUGGAUCUCUUAUCUCCGUGAUCACCAUCGUGGUUCUGUUUGUGUACCUGUUAAUUACACCAUCAAAAUCCAGUUCAAAAGCAAGCAAGAAGAGGCGUUAAACAUUGACAGAUUAAUACAUUUGCAAUCAGACAUUUUGAAGCUAGAGAAUGCUAAUCUGUCAGUUGUUAGACUUUACCUAGAGAGCAUAAGAUGUUGGUUUCUUUGGUUCUUAUUUGGCUGGUGCGACAUGUUAGAAAUUUUUUUUUUUUGAAUGACUUAUCAACAACGAGUUACUGAGAGAGAACGAAUUAAUUUAUCUGCGUAGCCUGAACCGGUGUUUUCAGCUUUCACUGUGGAUGAUAUCGAUAUGUCGCUGGCUGAGUAGACCUAGUGAUCCCCCGAUGGUAUUGCUUUCUGCUUUGA